AUAAAUAACAAGAGUUUCAAUUUUGGUGUCGAAGAAAAUGGUGUACUAUUUAUGAAUUUAUACCUGCUAUGCUCAACUUGUUGGGUAGUUAAGUUUCUAUUGGUACUAGAGUCAGUGCAGAUAUUGACAAUUCAGAAGAAUGGAUUCUGAGCUUGUACUACAUACCGGCGGAUGUCACUGUAAAAGAGUAAGAUGGCAAGUCUAUGCACCAUCUAGCGUUGUGGCCUGGGAUUGUAACUGCUCUGACUGUUCCAUGAGACGAAACACACACUUCAUAGUUCCCUCGGAGAGGUUUGAACUUCUCGGAGACUCCAAGGAGUUCAUUACAACGUAUACAUUUGGGACUCACACUGCUAAGCACACCUUCUGCAAAGUUUGUGGCAUAACUUCUUUCUACAUUCCACGAUCGAAUCCAGAUGGUAUAGCCGUUACAUUAAGGUGUGUUGAUCCUGGUACGCUAACUCAUGUUGAGAUCAAAUGUUUUGAUGGACAAAAUUGGGAAGGCUCAUACAAGCAAACUGGAAUCGCAUCUUGCUCAAAGGCAACAGAUGAAGAUUCAAAGUGAUAUCAACUUUUGGUUUCAAAGUCCAUGAUGUCAACUUCUUGGAGCUUGCUGUUGCAGGACCUUUAGUGUCUUGAUGAGAUCAUGCACACAAUUUAUAUAAGAUCAUUCUCUACCUGUUUUUUCACAAUUUUAAAUGGCUAUAACUUGAAUUCAUCCUUGAAAAUGAUGUUAAAUUAUGUGGAUGUUUAACCAAAUCUUGAUACAGCAGAGUGAUUCAUUUGUGUUGCACUUUGUGUAUGUUGUGAAUUCAAUUUUGAUAUUAGAAUAUCAAUUGAAGUAAUAUAUACCGACAAUGUAAUUUUUUUUUUCA